AUGGCGAAUCACCAACCAAUGCCUAGUCAUGUCGCACAGAUGAACUCGAGGCAAGGCGUCGACUCUAAUAAACCACGUGGUGGCUGGGUAACAGGUUUUGAUACGCAAGGAAACCUGCAGCGUGUAGGAGUGGAGCGACACACUCGAUAUCGAAACCGGACAGUCUGGGCACAUUCUCUCGUCCUGUUUAACGUCUACGGCCCCGUCCUAGGCACUGCACUCGGUGCAAUCUUCACAAUCAGCACAUUGGUGCUCAGCUCUCAUUAUAAGAACAACUUUCCACUGGUCUCCAUGCAAAGUGGGUUCAUAGGUCUUACCGGAGCAGUCGUCCACACUAUUAUAGCAUGGCAGUGUUUCCGACGACAAGAAGAAGGCCACAAACCCUUUGCACAUGCUACUAGCGCAGGAAUCACAGUCAUUACACUAAUCAUCGCAUACACUCUCAUGACCAAGCUCGAACCCGACGAAACAAGACCAUGGACAAAGAAAUACCAAAUCGCCAUGCAGCUCCCUAAGAGCUGGCGACAGAUUCUAAACGAGAACGGCACACGAUGGUUCAUCCCAGGCUAUAUGCUCAUCUUCUACGGCCUCUUUACCUGGCCCACCUACCUCAUCCUGAUCCAAUCCAGCUCAACGUCUCACUCCUGGCCAGACGACGGCGCCUACGCACUCCUCGCUACCCUAGGCGCCGCGGCACUCAGCGCGACGAUAGUCGCUCAACCGCACUUCCGCAGACGUCUCGGACCCGUUAACACAUUCAUCCUAGCCACUGUGUUCGCCGGCGUAAGUUCUAUCCCGCACGUCUGGAUGCCGAACUUCUGGAUGCAAAUCGGCUGUGCGGCGGCGUAUGGCGUUUUACUCGGCGCGAUCCUUACGCUGCAUAAUAAAGUCACUGCGACUUUCCACUGGGGGGACGAGAGUUGGCAUGUGGAUAUGCCGGCCCGGGCUGCUGUCAUGAUGGCGCUUGGAGGGAUGAGUGCGGCGGCGGGGUUGAUGGUUACGGCGUUUAUACUGGAGUAUUUUGAGCGGGGAGAGAAGAUGGCGCUGAUGAUAUCUGCGGGGGCUUUGGUGUUGGGAGGGCUGUUGGUGGGAGUUGCGAGGUGGAGGAGAUGCCGGCGGUUUUAUGUUGCUAUUUGA